GUAAACUCGACACGGAGUCAGUUUGCAGAUAAUCGCUUCAUAGAGAAGCCAGAUGUCUCUCCGCUAAACGAGUAGUUGUGAAAAAAGGAAGUCUCAUCCGGAAGCGAAUUAGAAUAGAUCAUCUAGUUAAUGAAGUAAUUUUUCAAUUCACUGACCAUGUAAGAUCGCAUUAUACAUAAUUUGAAAGUAUUUUAAUAUCACUUAGCAUCUUUUAUGCAAUUUUAAACAUCUGACAUUUACGAUUCUUAAAAACGUAAAAUUUGCAAGUACGUAAUUCUCUCGGAAAGUUUGAUUGAAUUUAUUUUAAUCGCGAGUCAGUUACCGCAGUGAUUUGUGCAGUGAUAAACCGAAGAAAUCAAUGGUCAGCAAACUUCGAGUUUGCAGUUUAUUGUCUACUAGCAACAACAGAUACAGAAGUCGCUGCAGUGACUUUCUCGUGCACGUGAUCCGCAAGAGUGGAAUAAUCUGCGUAACAGACGUAGCAGCCUAUACUACUCGACAAAAGAGAAGACGAAGAGAGGCAGAGGAAUCCCGCAGGAAGAAAUGAGAGAGACGGCCGGGGCGUUCCGACCAGAAAUAGAAAAGCGGCACACGACGAGAGCCGCCGAGUGUCAGCCAAGAUAGUGUGUUCCAUGUGAAUGUCCCUUCGCUGAUUCCGGCCUCGGCCAGGCCUGGUAGUUCGCGUCGAAGCAUGCCGCGCAGCGUCCCGAUGAGAUCUUCCCUGAAGAGCCGCGACUCGUCGUCGACGUCGACCGGCGUCGACCCGCGGGAGCGCGUCAAAGACUGCUGCCGGAAGCUGGUGGCCUUCAUGUGCACCCAAGUCGGCGUGGGUGGACUGGUGGUCGGCUACGCCAUCGUGGGCGCCUUUGGCUUCAUGAUGAUCGAGACCCAGGUCGAGCAGCCGGCGGCGGAGUGCUGGCGCGAACACGUUCGCAUGGAGUACGCCAACGAGCUGUGGUUCAGCACCGCCAGCAAUCAAUCGGUCAACGUGUUCAACCGCACCGCCUUCCGCGCGGUGUCCAACAGCAUCCUGCGGCGCUACCAGGACAACAUCACCAGCAUCCUGCGCCAUGAUAACUGCGGCGAUUCCGCGCCGGCCGACCUCUGGUCAUUCCCGGCGGCGUUGAUGUUUUGCUUGUCGGUGUUCACGAUGAUCGGCUACGGCAGCCUGGUGCCCAAGACCCAGUGGGGCAAAGGCGCCACCGUGGUCUACGCGGUGGUGGGCAUCCCGCUGUACGUGUUGUACUUCCUCAACAUGGGCCAGGUGCUCGCGGAGACCUUCCGUUGGUUGUACACGCGAGUGUACGAGUGCACCGGCCAGCGGAAGCCCGGACAAAGGGUCACGGUGCCGUCAACCGCCUGUCUGUGGGUGAUAAUCGGCUACGUCGUCGCUGGCUCGAUCAUGUUUGCCGCGUGGGAGGGUUGGGACUACUUGGACAGCGCUUAUUUCUGCGUCACCUCGCUCUGCAAGAUCGGCAUGGGCGAUCUGGUGCCCGGCUGGAACCAGGACGAUUCCACGGAGAGCAGCCAGACGAAACUCAUCAUUAAUUUCGUGUAUUUAUUGCUGGGAAUGGGUCUGAUCGCCAUGUGCUACAAUCUGAUGAAGGAGGAUGUAUACGUGAAAGCUCGGGAGCUCAAAGGACAGCUGAACCAAGCGAUGGACGCGGCCCAUUAUAAAAUGGUGACGUGUUGCAAGUCGGAGCCAGAGGAGUGAGAAGUCGAGGAAAGGCUACGAGAUGUAUCGAAGCUAUGAGUAACGGCAAAAUCUAUUGUGACGUGUAAGGCGAUAGUAAGAUAACAGAAAGCGAGAACACGCUAAUUCUUAUCGAGGAAGAAACUCGAAACAAUCAAAAAUACUCAGAGAAAAGUUAUAUAAAUAUGUAUAGAAAAAAAGAGGAUAAAAUCGUAUCGAAAAUGGAAACAUGUUGCAUCAUUGCAUAAAUGUAAAUGUUAUCAUAAGUGCAGAUUAUCGUUAAAAAUACCGGCCGGCGAUUAAAUAUAAUUUGUAGUUCAUAGUGCGUCUUUCAUCGCUAUCUUAACAUUGAGAGAUUUAUUAGUCUAGUUUUUAGUAUGAAAAGAGAGACUGGCUCUCGUUGUAUACAAGUUGUACGAAUUUCAGUUGUACGAGUGUUAUAUAAUUUGUGAAAUUUUCUAUUUUAUAUAAUUAGUGGAAAUCAGAAAGACAAAUAGAAGUUAUAGAAUAAGUUCUAUGAGUUAACCGUGAAAAUUUUUUGCUACAUUAUUGUAUAACAUUAAUAUAAUUGUUAAAGUUAUAAGAUUGUUUUAGUGAGUUGUUUCAGAAAGUUUGAAGAUAAAUUUUAUCAUCUGUUUGAUAGUAAAAUUCGAGUCGUGAUUUAUAGCUGUUUCAAUAACAGUUUUGACAUCAUCGUAAAUCAAAAUUGAUAUCAUAUCAAGUCACCUGUACUUAUAAUUAAUGUGGGGUGAUAACGUGCAAGCAUUUACACAUUAAUUACUAAAUAAUCAUUACUUUGCAAAUUAUUCGAGAUUAUCGCGAGACAUUAUUUACAUUUCUAGAAGUUAAUAAUUCUGCAAGACUAUGUAAGUUUACAUUUUAGCGAACUGUUUCCUGAGAUUGAAAACGUGUCGUUAAAAUGUAAACUUAUACAUAUAACGUAGAACAACUGUAGAACUAUCAACUAUUCUAUAAAUAGUAAUGAAACAAUUUUUUAAACGUAUAAGACAUAAAAACGGUAAAAAAAGAUCGACAAUUUCUGAAAUGUAUUUAAUUUGAAAUUUGAUAUUUUUAUUGAAACAUUAAUUAAUACUAAUUAUUAUUUCACUAUUAGCUA